AAGAUAAUCAGAUAUAGAUAAAACAUAAUUAAAUUCCAUUUUAUUUCAAACUCUAUUGAAACGCGUAUGUACACAAUAUGAGUAUUGGAUACAAGUGUGGUAAUUCGAUGCUGUAUUUUACGAUCUAUCUAGGUAUAUAUGUUUUUCACUAAUUGUCUAUCCGUUCGAUCAUAAUUGUAGUAUGAUUUUGGAUAAAACGUCGAUAAAUCGUUGAAAUUUCUUAUUUAACACAUGUCUCAAUUUUAACGAAUUUCAAGAUCGACUUAUAAAUUGAAGUAAAUAUUUUUCAGUAUCAAAUGCCAGUGUUAUUGUUUACAACAAAUAUUUGAAAAAUGUAAUAAUGAUAAUAAUAAUAAUGUAAUAUAUUUUUUAUAUUUAUAUGUAUACAUAUAUAUAUUGAUAUGGAUGUAAAUUUCACACAUCAUGUUUUUAAAUUGCAUUGAAAGAUAUAUUGCAUGAAAUAACGGAUAAUGAUAUUAUUUGGGAAGAGUGGCAUUUAUGGUUUCUGUUUAUAAUCUUGCUGAGUUUUUAAGUUUCUAUUGUAAGAACAAAAAUAAAAAUAAAUACAAAUAAAUCGAACAAUGUCUCUCUGUUGCACGUUGUACCUUUAAAAGAGAACGGGUUAAAUUAAUGGUAACAUAGAGAUGUUACUAGCUGUUGUACAAAAAUCUCCCUUCAUGACAUAACCUGUUGUGUAAUACAAACAAAAUCUGCUAAUAAUACAUAUUAUUGUAUUUCAAACAAUCUAACCGGUCGGAAGGAAAAACAGAGGGUGUAAAGUAAAAGACAAAGACAUAGCAAAAGUAUAUUUUAUUGAAUAACUAUUCAUUUAUAAUCAACGUAUUUUGAGACAGCCAAGGAUAAGCUAUAAAUUGUAUAUGAUUGAAUAUGCAAUGAUACAAGACUUACUAGAUACAAAUCUUACCAGAAAAUUAUAAAAUAUUGAGAUCCAGUUUUAAUCAUUUCUACAUUUUAUCAAAUGACUGUGGAUGGUACUAACAGUAAUGAGCAAGUUAUUCUUGUAACGGGUGGCUAUGAUCAUACUAUCAAAAUAUGGCAACCUCACACAGGAGUUUGCCAACGAACUGCAGAACACACAGAUUCGCAAGUCAAUGCUUUAGACAUAACUCCAGAUAAAUAUCUAAUAGCUGCUGCCGGAUAUCAACAUAUAAGGAUGUAUGACUUGGUUUCGAACAAUCCAAAUCCAAUUAUUAAUUAUGAAGGAGUGUCAAAGAAUAUUACAGGUUUAGGUUUCCAGGAAGAGGGGAAAUGGAUGUAUACUGGUGGUGAAGACUGUUCAGCACGGAUUUGGGAUCUCAGGUCAAGUAGCUUUCAAUGCCAACGAAUAUUCCAAGUGUCAGCUCCUGUAAACUGUGUUUGUCUGCAUCCGAAUCAAGCAGAACUUAUUGUUGGUGAUCAAAGCGGUGUUAUACAUUUGUGGGAUUUACGUUCGGAUCAUAACGAACAAUUGAUACCAGAAGCUGAAGCGUCUGUGCAAGACGUUGCGAUUGAUCAAGAUGGUACAUAUAUGGCAGCAGUGAACAACAAAGGCCACUGUUAUAUUUGGACACUUACCGGGGGUGUAGGCGAUGAACCUACCCGUCUUAAUCCUCGUCACAAACUUUCAGCACACAAACGUUACGCACUUCGAUGCAAAUUUAGCCCCGAUUCUACACUUUUAGUGACUACAUCUGCUGAUCAGACCGCUCGAGUUUGGAAAACUACAGAUUUCUCGGAAGUACAAGUACUUCAACAUGAGGCAAAACGAUGGGUCUGGGAUGCUGCGUUUAGUGCAGAUUCACAAUACAUAUUUACUGCUUCGUCCGAUGGUGUUGCAAGAUUAUGGAAUGUAUCAACAGGAGUAGUAGAACGAGAAUAUCAGGGUCACCAAAAAGCAGUUACUGCUCUUGCAUUUCGUGAUGAAGUACUUUCCGCUUCUUAAACGAACAGUACAUUUGUUUAAAUUUUUGAAUAAAAUAUUGUUCUCAUUUAUAUUUAAUAAUAAGGAGGAAUGUCGUUUUAACUUAUAAUUUAUAUUAAACUAUUUAAUUUUCGUG